CAAAGAUAGAUGUAUUUAGCAAGAUGUUAUAGGUACAUUUGUUUUAAGAAUCUUUCUGUGUUUUUUAUUAAAUGUUAUAGUUUUUAUUCACCUUUUUUUGUUUUUUUUUGUUUCUAUAUUGAACGUAUCUGUAUUUUGUUAUGUAUAAAAGUAUCAUAAGGAAAUUUCUAGAAUUAUUGAAUUAGACAGAUGUCAUGUGACCUUAGGUGACGUGUUCGUUUUCGUUCUUUGUUUCAAUUAUAACUGACGCGCAAUUUAAUCAAUAAGUGAAUCGCAAUUCGUUCAGAGUUUGUUACAUCCAGACUUAACAAUGCAGAUCUUCGUUAAGACCUUAACUGGUAAAACCAUUACCUUGGAAGUUGAACCCUCCGACACGAUUGAAAAUGUCAAGGCUAAAAUCCAAGAUAAAGAAGGUAUACCACCAGAUCAGCAGCGUCUGAUCUUUGCCGGAAAACAAUUGGAAGAUGGUAGAACCCUAUCUGAUUACAACAUCCAGAAGGAAUCUACUCUCCACUUGGUGUUGAGAUUGAGAGGUGGUAUGCAAAUAUUCGUUAAGACCUUGACUGGCAAGACCAUCACCUUGGAAGUCGAACCCUCAGACACAAUUGAAAACGUUAAGGCUAAGAUCCAAGAUAAAGAGGGAAUUCCACCGGAUCAGCAACGUUUGAUCUUCGCCGGAAAACAAUUGGAAGAUGGUAGAACUCUCUCUGACUACAACAUCCAAAAAGAAUCUACUCUCCACUUGGUAUUGAGAUUAAGAGGUGGUAUGCAAAUUUUUGUCAAGACUUUGACUGGCAAGACCAUCACUUUGGAAGUAGAACCCUCAGACACAAUUGAAAAUGUCAAGGCUAAAAUCCAAGAUAAAGAGGGAAUUCCACCGGAUCAGCAACGUUUGAUCUUCGCCGGAAAACAAUUGGAAGACGGUAGAACUUUGUCCGACUACAACAUCCAGAAGGAAUCUACUCUCCACUUGGUAUUGAGAUUAAGAGGUGGCAUGCAAAUUUUUGUCAAGACUUUGACUGGCAAGACCAUCACUUUGGAAGUAGAACCCUCAGAUACAAUUGAAAAUGUCAAGGCUAAAAUCCAAGAUAAAGAGGGAAUUCCACCGGAUCAGCAACGUUUGAUCUUCGCCGGAAAACAAUUGGAAGACGGUAGAACUUUGUCCGACUACAACAUCCAGAAGGAAUCUACUCUCCACUUGGUAUUGAGAUUAAGAGGUGGCAUGCAAAUUUUUGUCAAGACUUUGACUGGCAAGACCAUAACUUUGGAAGUAGAACCCUCAGACACAAUUGAAAAUGUCAAGGCUAAAAUCCAAGAUAAAGAGGGAAUUCCACCAGAUCAGCAACGUUUGAUCUUCGCCGGAAAACAAUUGGAAGACGGUAGAACUUUGUCCGACUACAACAUCCAGAAGGAAUCUACUCUCCACUUGGUAUUGAGAUUAAGAGGUGGCAUGCAAAUUUUUGUCAAGACUUUGACUGGCAAGACCAUAACUUUGGAAGUAGAACCCUCAGACACAAUUGAAAAUGUCAAGGCUAAAAUCCAAGAUAAAGAGGGAAUUCCACCGGAUCAGCAACGUUUGAUCUUCGCCGGAAAACAAUUGGAAGAUGGCAGAACUCUUUCUGACUACAACAUCCAGAAGGAAUCUACUCUCCACUUGGUAUUGAGAUUAAGAGGUGGCAUGCAAAUUUUUGUCAAGACUUUGACUGGCAAGACCAUAACUUUAGAAGUAGAACCCUCAGACACAAUUGAAAAUGUCAAGGCUAAAAUCCAAGAUAAAGAGGGAAUUCCACCGGAUCAGCAACGUUUGAUCUUCGCCGGAAAACAAUUGGAAGACGGUAGAACUUUGUCCGACUACAACAUCCAGAAGGAAUCUACUCUCCACUUGGUAUUGAGAUUAAGAGGUGGCAUGCAAAUUUUUGUCAAGACUUUGACUGGCAAGACCAUCACUUUGGAAGUAGAACCCUCAGACACAAUUGAAAAUGUCAAGGCUAAAAUCCAAGAUAAAGAGGGAAUUCCACCGGAUCAGCAACGUUUGAUCUUCGCCGGAAAACAAUUGGAAGACGGUAGAACUUUGUCCGACUACAACAUCCAGAAGGAAUCUACUCUCCACUUGGUAUUGAGAUUAAGAGGUGGCAUGCAAAUUUUUGUCAAGACUUUGACUGGCAAGACCAUAACUUUGGAAGUAGAACCCUCAGACACAAUUGAAAAUGUCAAGGCUAAAAUCCAAGAUAAAGAGGGAAUUCCACCGGAUCAGCAACGUUUGAUCUUCGCCGGAAAACAAUUGGAAGAUGGCAGAACUCUUUCUGACUACAACAUCCAGAAGGAAUCUACUCUCCACUUGGUAUUGAGAUUAAGAGGUGGCAUGCAAAUUUUUGUCAAGACUUUGACUGGCAAGACCAUAACUUUGGAAGUAGAACCCUCAGACACAAUUGAAAAUGUCAAGGCUAAAAUCCAAGAUAAAGAGGGAAUUCCACCGGAUCAGCAACGUUUGAUCUUCGCCGGAAAACAAUUGGAAGACGGUAGAACUUUGUCCGACUACAACAUCCAGAAGGAAUCUACUCUCCACUUGGUAUUGAGAUUAAGAGGUGGCAUGCAAAUUUUUGUCAAGACUUUGACUGGCAAGACCAUCACUUUGGAAGUAGAACCCUCAGACACAAUUGAAAAUGUCAAGGCUAAAAUCCAAGAUAAAGAGGGAAUUCCACCGGAUCAGCAACGUUUGAUCUUCGCCGGAAAACAAUUGGAAGACGGUAGAACUUUGUCCGACUACAACAUCCAGAAGGAAUCUACUCUCCACUUGGUAUUGAGAUUAAGAGGUGGCAUGCAAAUUUUUGUCAAGACUUUGACUGGCAAGACCAUAACUUUGGAAGUAGAACCCUCAGACACAAUUGAAAAUGUCAAGGCUAAAAUCCAAGAUAAAGAGGGAAUUCCACCGGAUCAGCAACGUUUGAUCUUCGCCGGAAAACAAUUGGAAGAUGGCAGAACUCUUUCUGACUACAACAUCCAAAAAGAAUCUACUCUUCAUUUGGUAUUGCGUUUGAGAGGCGGAAAUUGAUUUAUUUUUGUUUUUGAUUUCUUUAAAAGGCUGAUUUUUUAUUUCAAUACUGCUUGAUAAUACAAAAUAAAAUGAUCUUGAUCUUAACGUGAA